GGGAACCCGGAAGUGGCAGGGCGUCUGGUGACAUCCACGGAGGUUCUAGACCCCGGAGCAGUGAGCUUCCUUGCCGUUGUAGCCCCUGACAGGGACCGAAUAGAGGAGCCACCAUAAGCGUCCUGUUAGAGCUAAGGGAGUUGCUUACAAAGAGGGACGGAGUCACUAAAACAGAAGUCUCCCGGUUUUAGCCUGGGGUGGUGGCACCCGGCUGUCAUUCUAGUACUUGGGCUGCUGAGUUCAAGUCAAGCUUGAGCUAGUAGUCAACUAUCAGUACAGAGAGGAGCCAAGCUUGAUAAUAAGACCCAAUAUUGUUUUGAAAAUAAAUAAAUACAUUUCUUGAAUUCAGACGUCGGUUGAAGUAGUUCAAUGCCUGAAAAGCCACUCUACAGAUCCUGCAAAGAGGUUCGGACUUCGUGUAGAAGUGUGUGCAACAGCGCCUACUCGAGCGAAAUCUUUCAUUUUCCUCAUUAGACCAAAACCACGGAUGGAAAGGAAUCCCUCUGAUGGUACAGGUCCGGUCCACGUGCCACUGGGGCAUAUUGUGGCUAAUGAAAAAUGGCGUGGGUCCCAACUGGCUCAGGAGAUACAAGGAAAAGUUAGACUCAUUUUUGAGGAGGGUCUGGCAUCAGCAGAUUUCUACCUGUCUAGCAAAUCUUGCAUUCUCUAUAUCACUGAAGCAGAUCUGGUGGCCGGACAUGGCUACAGAAAGAGACUUGCUCGCUUUAGAAACUCUGCACAUCUUCAAGGGAUUAUAAUAGUUGAAAAAACCCAGAUGAGUGAACAGUACUUCCCAGCAGUCCAGAAGUUCACUGUGCUAGACCUUGGGAUGGUGCUGCUUCCAGUGGCAAGCCAGUCGGAAGCAUCCUGCCUCAUUAUCCAGUUGGUUCAAGAGCAAACCAGAGAGCCCAGCAAGAACCCUUUCCUCAGGAAAAAGCGCUCCAUGCUUUCUGAGUUGUCUCUUGUUCAAACUGUGCAGCAGAUCCCAGGGGUUGGGAAGGUUAAGGCCCCCCUUCUGCUCCAGAAGUUUCCAAGCAUCCAGCAACUGAGUAACGCUUCCAUCCAGGAACUGGAGGAGGUCGUGGGACACGCAGUAGCACGGCAAAUCCACACCUUCUUCACCCAGCCUAAGGGACAGCAGCCCCGCAGCUGACUCUGCCUUCAGACUACAAACUACAUCGUCUGGGUUUCAUAUUUUAAAAAGCAAGGGAAAACGUCCUCCUCCCAGUGGCAACAGGCUAAAGAUAAGGAGCGGACCGAUGAGGCCCUGCCUCAUUGUCUGUCGGGGCAGUGACCUUGUGGGCCUUGGGGGGUCUCGGGUGGCACUGGCCACUUUCUGAUUAAGAUAAAGAGGAUCCCGCAGGGUUCAUCCAGAGACUUUCUCAGCAGCAGCCAGCUGGAGCAGAUUUGUACAAGGCACUUUGCCCUUCAUGUGUCACUGAGAGGUCCUGUGAGGGUCCAGGUGGCAGAUGUGAGGGUCCAGAGCUGAGUAGGGAGUGCCCUUGUUCCCAGUGUCAGGGCCUCAGCUCAGGUCUUCUCCGCACAUGUCAGGUACCAUGCUCUGGAGUUUCUGUCAACAAAUGCCUUUCCUCCCUCAUAACCCCUUCCUCCCUUCUCAACACAAAAAAACUAUUUUGUGCUUUGGAUGAUGUAGAAGAAGUAAUUAGGGUGAAAUAAAAAAAAAAAAAAUAA